AUGGCGCGGGCGGGCAGCGAUGGCACCGCCGCGCUGGAGCGGGCCGGGGCGGAGACGGUGAAGCGGGCGGUGCAGCUGGACGUGGCGUCCCGGUUCCAGGAGUCGCUGGUGUGUUACCAGGAGGGCAUCGACCUCCUGCUGCAGGUGGUGAAAGCCACGACAGAUGAGGCGAAAAAGCAGCGCUACCGGCAGAAGAUAUCAGAGUACAUGACCAGAGCCGAGGACAUUAAAAAACACAUUGAGAAAGAGAAACAAGAUGGCAAAUACCAUAAGCAAAUCAGGAUAGAAGAAAAUGCAACAGGUUUUGGCUAUGAAAAGCUUUUCCACGAGUACCUCACUGAGAUUGUUUCUGAAGUUUGGGUGGAGGAUCCGUACAUUCGGCAGGUUCAUCAGUUGUAUAACUUUCUACGAUUCUGCGAGAUGCUAGUUAAGGGGCCAUGCAAGGUGAAAAAAAUCCACCUCCUCACUUCCUAUGAUGUGGGUAGUGGGAGGAGUCAACAGAUGACUGCCUUGGAAGAAAUAAAACAGUCAUUGAGUAAUUAUGGAGUAACACUGAAUAUUGACUUUUCAUCUUCAAUACAUGAUCGAGAAAUCAGAUUCAACAAUGGGUGGAUGAUUAAGAUUGGAAGGGGUCUUGAUUAUUUUAAGAAACCACAGGGUCGUUUCAGCAUUGGAUACUAUGACUUUGACUUGAGACCUUGUCAUGAAACAACAGUGGAUGUCUUUCAUACUAAACACACAAAGCAAAUGUGAUCAGAAAUGCUUAUUUUCGCAAGCAUAAAAAUGUGAGACUGAAAGAUGCUUCUUGAGUCCAGCUGGUUGCCCACAGAAGGAACUCUUCUAAGUACUUAGUGCAGUACAGCUUUUAUAAACUAUGUUUAAGAAUUUUCGAGACUUUCCAGCCUGAGAAAACAAAACUGCAUGAUUCCUUCAUUGUGCUUCUUCUGUAAUCUUAUUUAAUACAACCCCUGUCUAAAUUUAAUCUUGAUUUCAUAACAGACCCUCA